GCCCUCCUCUGGGAACACCGAGGCCCGGGCGGCUGGGCCGGGAGGCGGGCAGGGCAGCGCCGCCCACUCCUCCGGCCCUCUCCCGGAGCGCGGCCGGGGUUGAGCCGCGAGCCGCCGCGCCCAGAGGCUUGGGCCUCCGCGACUAUCCGCUCCCCCACCGGGUGAGCGCGGGAGGUGGGGCCGCGGGCGACACCGAGGAGCGCCGGGGUGCGUGGUAGGGCCAGGCCGAGGCUGCGAGGAGCACGCUGUCCGCCCUGCUCUGCCCCAGCGCGCAGCCCACCCCCUUCCCGUCGCCUCGGGGAGCAGCACGAAGCAAGUUGGCCGGGUCGGCGGGGGAACGGACGGGCAUGGUGAUUCGGUGUCGGAUUCCCCAAGCAGGCCUGGGAGGUAAGGAAGAUUUGAGUUUGCAGUCUUCACCUGGGAACAGCUUUGUGUUUUAGCUUUCCCCAGGCAGCUUAGACAGAGUAGUGCACAGCAAAUCUUUUAAUUAAGGCAUGGAAUACGGAAAACAAAAAACUUCAGCUAGUGCUUUAGUCUCAUCUGAAAUGCUACAGGUUCAGUGGUUGCAAGAAGUUAAAACCCACUCAGAGCAGCUCUGGUCAAGAGGGCUGCAGCAGACUCCCCAGGAUGGGAAGGGCAGUGGCCAAGAACAUGAGACAUGUAUCUUAUAAGUAGUAUAUGGCAGAGUUUUAAGCCAGUCUGAGAGUCUGUUUUUCAGUAGAAAUUUCAAGCACUAUUUUUGACUACUACUUGCUACUGAAUGUUCAGUUGAUGAAAUUGAAGGUCUUUCACUCAGAAGAAAUAAAUCAAGAAGAACCCGAGGCUCGCAUGCUCCUGAGCUGCUGUGAAUGGCCCCAGCACUCCUGACCACUCUUCCGGGUAGGAUGUCACUGAGAUCCCUGAAAUGGAGCCUCCUGUUGCUGUCACUCCUGAGCUUCCUGGUGAUGUGGUACCUCAGUCUUCCCCACUACAAUGUGAUAGAACGCGUGAACUGGAUGUACUUCUAUGAGUAUGAGCCCAUUUACAGACAAGACUUCCGCUUCACACUUCGAGAGCAUUCGAACUGCUCUCAUCAAAACCCAUUUCUGGUCAUCCUGGUGACCUCACACCCCUCAGAUGUGAAAGCCAGACAGGCCAUUAGAGUUACUUGGGGUGAAAAGAAGUCUUGGUGGGGAUAUGAGGUUCUUACAUUUUUCUUAUUAGGCCAGCAGGCUGAAAGGGAAGACAAAGUGUUAGCGUUAUCCUUAGAGGAUGAACACCUCCUCUAUGGCGACAUAAUACGACAAGAUUUUUUAGACACGUACAAUAACCUGACCUUAAAAACAAUUAUGGCGUUUAGGUGGGUAACUGAGUUUUGCCCCAACGCCAGGUACAUCAUGAAGACAGACACUGAUGUUUUCAUCAAUACUGGCAAUUUAGUGAAGUAUCUUUUAAAUUUAAACCAGUCAGAGAAGUUUUUCACAGGUUAUCCUCUAAUUGAUAAUUAUUCUUAUAGAGGAUUUUACCAAAAAACCCAUAUUUCAUACCAGGAGUACCCUUUCAAGGUGUUUCCUCCCUACUGCAGUGGGUUGGGUUAUAUAAUGUCCAGAGAUUUGGUGCCAAGAAUCUAUGAAAUGAUGAGUCACGUAAAACCCAUCAAGUUUGAAGAUGUUUAUGUUGGGAUCUGUUUGAACUUAUUAAAAGUGGACAUUCAUAUUCCGGAAGACACCAACCUUUUCUUUUUAUAUAGGAUCCAUUUGGAUGUCUGUCAACUCAGACGCGUGAUUGCAGCCCAUGGCUUUUCUUCCAAGGAAAUUAUCACAUUUUGGCAGGUUAUGCUAAGGAACACCACAUGCCAUUAUUAAUUUGACAUUCUACCUAAAGCCUAGAGAAGGGAGGGAUACUUUGUGGAAAACGUUAAAGCUAGACUAUGAAAUCUCCAAUGGAAAACUCAUGGGAAGGUCACUGUGUGGCUUACACGGAACUGAAACUCAUGAAGAGGCUAUAGGCUGGAGACUGGAGGGUUGUACUUGAACUGUGGUUUAUUUUGACAACAAUCAAGUCAGGCCUUUUAAAGAUGAUAUUCAAAGGAAUUAAACAUCAAGGAAUGGGAGGUUUUUGUUAAUAAAACUCAUAGGACCAACCAAUGUGAACGUGUCAGUCAAUAGACUAAAACUUAAAUGGGUUUCAUUGAAUUAUAAGCUCAUUUGUCCAUAACAACAAAGCAGUGUGGAGUAUUAUUCAUUGAACAAUCUAGUCAGUUCAGGGUUUUAUGUAUAUCUUACAUGGAUUACAGUUUUUAAAAAUAUAUAGUUCUGUGUAAAACAACUGAAGUACUGAACAAAGUUUCAUCUCUUUUUGGUCAUUCAGAAGAUACUUCAGGAUGUUGCAGUAUUUCAAUUAUCAAUUAUUAUUUAAUGUUACUUAAAGUUUUGCACUUUUAUGGGUGUUUGAAUGUUAUGGUUGUUUCAAUACUGUAUAAACAGAAUAGUGAAAAAUCACUCUUUAUAUUUAAACUUCUUUUCCAGUUACUUCACUGAUGAGUUUAUUAUGAAUAGCUCCAUUAAUGUGUAGAUAUUGGUCAUUAUUGCAUUAUUGCAUAUCAGUAAUCUCUUGAACUUUGAUAAAUAUUUCUUCAUAGUAAUAUAGAGAAGAAUUAAAGCAAGAGAUCUGAAUUAUUGUCUUGUUUUUAAAAAUAUAAUCCCUGGUGUUUUUAGAUGUCACUUCAUCUGUCUCAUUGUUCCACCUGGAAAUUAGGAGUAAUGUAGAGUGCCAGGCAGCAUGUUUCCUUUUGGAAAGGACUCUGAAGCCAAAACCAAAAGAGAGAACGUGAUGGCCAGAAUAUUAUGAAAGGAGUGUCAUAUUUCAGUGCUUGAGCUGGAAAGAGAAGACUAAAGAUUCAAGUUGCAUUGUUAACUGCUCCGUGUUUUUUCUCAUUAACAAUCAGUUUGAGAAUAAAAAGAAAAAAAACAA